GGUUUCUUCGAGCUGCCGGCGAAGGAGAAAAAUAAAUUUAUGUCGAACGAUGUGUAUGCACCAGUUAGGUACACUACGAGUCUAAAGGACGGUUUGGACAAGACCCAAUUUUGGAGGAUAUUUCUAAAGCACUAUGCACAUCCUCUCCAUCGUUGGAUUCACCUCUGGCCUCAAAACCCACUUGAAUACAGGGAAAAAAUAGGAAAGUUUUGCGAGGAGGUGAGGAUUCUAUCUCUCGAGAUAAUGGGAGCAAUAACGGAGAGCCUAGGACUAGGAAGAGACUACAUGUCUUCUCGGAUGAGCGAAAACGGCAUGCAAGUCAUGGCCGUUAACUGUUAUCCACCGUGUCCGGACCCUAAGACGGCGCUAGGACUGCCGCCACAUUCAGACUACAGUUGCAUCACCAUCCUUCUACAGAACUUGACUGGUCUCGAGAUCUUUGAUCUGACGGCUCACGGUGGCUCUGGCCGCUGGGUUCAUGUCCCAGAAGUCAAAGGUGUACUCAAGGUACAUAUUGGUGACCAUGUCGAGGUGCUAAGCAAUGGAUUAUACAAGAGCGUCCUUCAUAAAGUUACUCUGAACGAAGAGAAGACGAGAAUCUCCCUCGCGAGCUUGCAUAGCUUGGGUAUGGACGAUAAGAUGAGCGUACCGUGCCAAUUGGUUAACGAUGAAAACCCGGUUCGGUAUAGAGAGAGCAGUUUUAAUGAUUUUCUUGGUUUCCUUGUCAAGAAUGACAUCUCUCAAGGGGAUAGGUUCAUUGACACUCUUAGAAUCAAGGACUGAUCGAGUU